AUGAAUAGAAAAUUAUUGGUAUCUGUUUUGUUUGUUGGAAUGAUUGUUGUAUCAAGUGCUACUCAAUAUUUCCUAUUCCAACAAUUCACCGACCGUGAUUGUUCGAUUGGAAAUGAUGUCUAUGCUUCAUACCAUGUCGCUGGACAAUGUUAUGACAGUAAGUUGUACACUUGUUUCGAUAAUGGUACUGCUAUUCUCCAAGUAUUUUCAGCUCCAGAUUGCUCUGGUUUCUCUACCAGCUCCAGAAGCUUUGACCUUGCAGAAUGUAACUAUGGUUUCUCCAUUAAGUGUACCGAGCAAAUUGUAGUUCCAAACAAUACCCUUGCCAGCUAUGCUUAUUCUGAACCAUUGUGCCAAGGAUCAGAGUUGUCAGUCAAGUAUCAACGUACCAAUACCUGUUUCUCUGGUAGUUCAAUUACCUGCAACGGAACAACCCAAACCUACAACUAUUUCGAUAGUAUGGAUUGCUCUGGUUCACCAUCUAUCAUCAACGAAGUCACCACCCAAGACUUUUGUCCAGAGGCUGCAGGAAUCAUCCAAACUAGAGAGAUUUGUCAAUAA